AUGGCUCAACCUAACCCCUACCUCUUGGCCUGCGACAACCCGUCUGCGCUGCUGGAGCUCCUCCGCGCGAAUCCUGCAAUCGCUACCUCGCAGGACGAGCAUGGGUAUUCUCUGCUUCAUGCCGCCGCAUCCUACGGCCAUAUCGAUCUGCUCCGUGCGCUGGUCAAAGAGUUCAAUGUGAACGUCAACCUUCUGGAUGAAGAUGGGGAGACCUGUCUGUUUGUUGCGGAGACGCCAAAGGUGGCUCGAUGCUUGGUCGAAGAACUCGGUGUGGAUUAUCAAAAGACCAACGAUGAUGGCUACAAAGCCCACGAGAAAAUGGAGGCAGAUGACGAGUUCCCACAAGUGGUCGCCUAUCUUCGUGAGGCCCUCGGUGCUCCCCCACCGUCAAGCGAAAACCUCGACGGUCCGCUGAAUGCGCCAGCACCCAUUCCCAACAACAUGAAGGUGAAUAUUGGGACCAUGUCAGAGCAGGAGGCGAACGCGGGUGAGAUGGAGGUGGACCCCGAAUUCAAGCGCCGAAUCGAUGAGCUAGCGGCUCGGGAGGACUUCAACAGCGCAGCCACACAAGAGCAAUUGCGGGCUUUGGUGAUGGAUGCCAUCUCCGGCUCCAGUAUUGAGACUGCUGAUCGGGAGACGCGGAGGAGAACGGAAUAA